UGUGGCUUUGUCUAAUGGAGUAAAUCAGGCCAUCAGGGAAACCCUUCUUCACCGCCAACAUACGUCUGCCGCAGAACAACUCCUCAUCAUCGCCAGUUCGUCACUCCCCAUCGAUUCACGUUGCGGCCUGCGGCAGAUCGGCAAAGAGAGCAUAGUCUUACAGAUGGAGACAUCUACCUCCAAAAGACGGGUCUAUUCAUCUGAACAGCAGAGCUCAACAUUGUCUGAUGCAGCAAGUAAAACCAAUCUUGCUGAUUUGCAGAAAGGGCUGCCUCCAGGGAAAAAGCUUGUGGAGGGACGCAACUAUAUGGUUAGGAAGAGUAAAAAGAGAAAGGAAUACUGGUUAGAUUUUAUUGAGUAUUUGGAAGAAGGGUCGCUGAGGUCUGAAUACUUCAUGUUUAUGUUGCCAUUAUUGACUCCGAGGUUCAGAAAAGGAAUCAGACCAUUUGAUGAUUAAUAAUUUCCCAACUACUUUGACCCUUCUACUCUAUUAGCCUACUACAAGUAAGAUCUUGAAAAGCCACCAAGUAGGAAACACCACUUUGAAGAUUAACUGAUUUAGUCAUAGCUCAUAGGUGAAACUUAUAGGAGUUGGUGGAUCUCAAAUCACUUUAUUGUAU